AUGUGCGCAACGAAAUCUCAGCCAAGCGAGGGGGAAUGGCUGGAGCACAGGAGCCUGAUUAGGUAUGAGUAUCUAGUCAAAGAUACAACACUCAAAGACUUAAUCACUCUCUUAAGAGUUCAAGGGCUACAUGCCACGAAAGGACAGCUAGAAGCUAGACUUAAGAGCUGGAACUUCUCUAAAUACAUCGACCAAGCGACAUGGCAGCACAUUGAUCAUAAGAUUCGCAAGCGCAAAGAAGAGGGAAAGGACAGUGAUGUCAUACAUUGUGGCAGGAAAUUGAAAAAGCCAAAGGUCACAAAAGAGACGAAUCGUCAUCGAGAAACAAACAUCUUUGCUCGAUUCGAAACAGCUCCACCAUCUCCAACAAGUCUGCAACUUUGCAUUUGUACUCCACCAACCUUGUAUAUGACCUUCGACUGGCCUUCUUCUUUGCCGUGGCUCCGUCUGCGAGAUGCUUGGAAUGAUACGAUUAGCGUUAUCGUACCCAAAGACAUGAUAAUUCAGCAGAAUGACGACUCUCGUCACAUUGUUUCUUCAUUGAUGACAAUCCUGGCCCCUUAUGGCACAGAUGUGGAAUCGACGUCUUUAUCCAAGCUGAUAUCAGGUAUCAGUAAUGUGAUGCCUGAAUGGUAUCCUGAAGAGCACGUCAGGACUGCUCAAGACCUGCUCACUGGUUCGGCCUCUGAUUCCAGCGCCGAAUGUUUCAAGGUUAUGGUGUACAUGGUGUCAAAUUCAAUGAAAACAGACCAGCGAUUCUCUUUUUUUGUCGACCUUAUAGGAACAGCCAACAUAGAGCUCCGAGCCCACUUCAGCAAGCUCCGGAACGAGAGCCCUACCAUUCAAUCAUUUCUGGAGAAAUUAUUCCAAUCCGAGAUCAACAAGGCAACUUCACGAUAUGACAAAAAAGCAGAGCCACGGGGGCUUGAAUCGCUCACCUCGCUUUUGGAAUUAGGACUGGAUCCGGAUUACCCUUGCUGCAUGAAUGACCGAAUCUGGACGACUCUAUGUACUCCGAUCCAGGAGGCAACCAGAGCCGGCUGUCUAGAGCUUAUUCAGUUACUUCUCCGAUUCCAAGCCCGAGUGGAUCGGACACACGUCAGUGAUAAGAGAGAUGUUUUUGUCAACUUGGCCUUAGAUGCUCCGUGUUCUGACUCUCGAAAAUUGCGAAUUCUGGCCGUACUGUUUGAGCAUGGGUUUCUCAACAAGGAUGAAAUGGUGCGUGCGGCUAUCGAACUGCAUGAUGAAGAAGCAAUUCUCAGUAUCCUAGAUUGUGGUAUUGACGUUACAAACUAUGAGUCUUCAUGGUUACAUGCAGCAGACCGAAGUGAGUUACAAUCUAGUGUGAGCUACAUUGCAAGUCCGUCAGUUCUCAUGAUGGCAGUCCAGGCCGGUGGUAGGAUUGCGAACUUGAUGUUGGACCACCUUUCACUAAAUGGCCAACCAUCACCUUCAGCCCUAGCAGAUGCUUACAUAGCCGCGGCCUAUGAAGGACAUCAUGACAUCAUGCUGCGACUGGACGCUAUGCAUACUUCCGAAGUGGCUUGUAACAAAGAGGGCAUUACACCUCUACAGGCAGUAGUGGUCGGGGGCGAUCCAACUGUAUGCAAACAUAUUCUCGAACGCCAUGGAGGCUCAACAGCGUCGCUGAUUCUUGUCGCGGCUAUCCUUGGAAACUUGGAAGUAGUAAAGCUACUUAUCGAAUACGGAGGCGACCCCAAUGCUCUAUUCUGCACCCACGACAUCCAAUUGUAUGAUUACUUCAACAUCGGCCAAUACCACGGUGAAGAUUCGACCAUCUUAAAAUUGAGCGACAACCACGAAUUUAUUCACCGUCAUAACGGACACCCGACCCCUAUCCUCUCCGUGCUCAUGCAUUCAGUAUCUGAUUUUAAUCUUCUGGAAUUCAGUGUCCCGACACUGAUAGAGAAUGGAGCCACUAUACCUCGUAGCGAAAUGGCUACGUUUUCAAGGCUUUGCUUUCACGAAUGUCUCAAAGCUGCACUCGAGGCUGGCGGCAAUCCAAACGAUGUGGAUGAAAAGGGUGAUACGAUGCUCCAGUGUGCUUUGAGUAGCGAUUUUAUUGAAGAUGGAGAUGAAUACGUCUCGAAACUAGAAGACAGAGCCUUUGAACGCCUCCUCACUGUUAAGCUUCUUAUGCAGGCUGGAGCAAGGCUCACUGGUGGGGAAGUUGUGAGAGCCAUCUAUCUUCGAGAAUGGUCCUUGGUCUCAUUUCUUUUACAAAACGGUGGGACCUUGAACGAUGUUGACGACACGGGACGAGGCUGCCUAGAGGCCGAAAUAGAGGCACAGAAUGACCGAACCCUACAAGACGUUCUUGAAGCACAAGAGCUUCCAAUCGAUGCAGGACCCUUCUGUGCGUCUCUACGAACGGGUGACUGGGCUCUUGUCAGAAGCCUUCUCAAAAGAGCUCAUAAGCCGACAAGCUGUCACCUGGUGGAAGGAACCGCCGUGGGCUUGGCUGCUAGGGCAGGGCAGCUUGAUAUCUUAGACAAACUCCUCGCGCGAUUCACCGACCCAUCAGCAUUGAGUUUGGCAAGGAUUCCUGACCAUAUUUUUGCCAGUGAUGUAUAUUCUGUGACUGAAGGGGGGGGUUGGGUUGCUGGUUUUUGGCGUCGUGCCACUGAUCGGUGCUUUAGCGUGGGCAGUCCUCUUGCCCUAGCCGCUUCCGGAGGGAAUACUUGUGGUUUUGGAGAGCUCCUUCGCCGUGGUUGUAAGAUGGAUACAGUGAGCUGGGCCGUUGUUGCACACAGUGCGUGUUCCUCUGAGUAUUUGCAACUGUUGAAAGAAUUUAGUUGCGGACUCGGCAAUGCCACAGAAUACGGCAAGGAAUUGGGAACAGCAUUGUGGAGAGCGAUCACACAUAAAAAGUUUGAUCUAGCGCAAUACUUAGUGGAGGAGGGAGCAGAUGUCGAUGAAUACGAUAUCUCCACAAGGGAAUGCACAUCGCCUUUGCAGCGCGCGAUAAAAAUGGGGCUUAUGAAAGUGGCAGUAUACCUCCUUGAAAAGAAAGCAAACAUCAAUGCCCCACCAGCGUUCGAAAAAGGCGCAACUGCUCUUCAAUUCGCCGCCAUAGGCGGUCAUAUCGGACUUGCAAGACAGCUUAUUGAACUCGGUGCUAGAAUCAAUGCACGAGGAUCAGGCAAACUUGGCAGAUCAGCGUUGGAGGGGGCGGCUGAGCACGGGAGACUUGACAUGCUGGCACUCUUGGUGCAUCAUGGCGCUGUUACAACGGGUCCUGGUCGUCAACAAUUGAUCAAUUCUGUUGCAUUUGCCCAGCAGAGGGCACAUAGCACUGCGGCUGACUGGUUGAAGAAGAACUGCGGUUGGUGUGACCAAAAUCAACGUCAGUUGGAGUUUGUCGACGCCGAUGCUGAUUAUCCUAUCGGAGAAUGCAUCAGGGCGUAUUGUUGUGACGAGUACCAUGACAGCGAUACUCAGUGCGUCUAUCACUAUACUGAGGAGCAGAGGCAAAUCCAUUAUGAUUACUGCGAGCGUUGUGAGGAAAUCAGAUAUGACCGGGACGAUGGCAGCGAAAGCAACUUGUCAAGUGAGGACGAGGAGAUGGAUUCGGGGUGGGUGGAGAAUGAUCAAGAGACUGCACAAAGCCUGGAUGUUAUGGAACAAUGUAAUUAG